UAUUGUUUACCUUAUAAAAUUGUUAUACCUAAGCGAAAAGUUGUUGAUGGUAGAAUGGUAUAUAAUGACGUUCAUCUCGAAAUUUACAAUCAUUCAAGUUACAAAAAAACUGGCUUGUGGAUUGAUUAUGUUAGAUUGAGAGAACAUGAUGAGCGCAGAGUUUAUGAGCAAUUUGAAGAUAAAACUAGCAUACACUCCACG